UCUGCGGCCACAUCUAGCGUCCCCGCGCAUCGAGUAGUCUUUUCUCUUCAAUGGCGGUGUGACGCAAAGGCGGAUCGUGACUCGGAUUUUGGAAACGCAGAGUACACCGCGGCCAGCCGCACCCCCAAAACUUGGCAGCAAAAAGAGGGAUUGUUAGCAAGUGUCGCUGCGUUGAGCAGCAGCCGCCGACAUGCCGCAGAACGAGCACAUUGAGCUUCACCGGAAGCGGUAUGGCUACCGGCUCGAUCACCACGAGCGGCUUCGCAAGCGGCUCGGCCGGAAGCCGCACGAGGAUGCCGUUAAGGCCAAGACCACCCGGGGCCUCAAGGCCAAGAUGCUCACCAAGAAGCGCUACUCGGAGAAGGUCCAGAUGAAGAAGACGCUCAAGAUGCACGAGGAAAAGCUGUCCAAGCAGCGAGGACCCGAGGCAGCGGCGCAGGGUGCAGUUCCGGUCUACCUGCUGGACCGUGAGAACCAGUCGAGGGCCAAGGUCCUGUCGAACAUGAUCAAGCAGAAACGGAAGGAGAAGGCCGGCAAGUGGGACGUGCCCAUUCCGAAAGUCCGGGGCGUCGGAGACUCCGAGGCGUUCCGGGUGAUCAAGACGGGCAAGCGGAAAAAGAAGGCAUGGAAGCGCAUGGUGACCAAGGUGACGUUUGUCGGGGAGGGAUUCACGCGCAAGCCUCCGAAGUUUGAGCGGUUCAUCAGGCCAAUGGCGCUGCGUUUCAAGAAGGCUCAUGUGACGCACCCUGAACUGAAGGCCACCUUCUGCCUGCCCAUCAUCGGCGUGAAGAAAAACCCAAGCUCGCCGCUCUACUCGCAGCUGGGGGUGAUCACGAAGGGAACGGUGAUCGAAGUGAAUGUCAGUGAACUGGGUCUCGUUACACAGGGUGGCAAAGUGGUCUGGGGAAAGUAUGCGCAGGUGACCAACAACCCCGAGAACGAUGGUUGCAUCAAUGCUGUGCUUCUUAUCUUCGUGAAAACUCUCACUGGCAAGACCAUCACUCUAGAGGUCGAGCCAAGUGAUACCAUCGAAAAUGUCAAGGCGAAAAUCCAAGACAAAGAGGGUAUCCCACCCGACCAGCAGCGUCUGAUCUUCGCUGGCAAGCAGCUCGAGGAUGGCCGCACGCUGUCCGACUACAACAUCCAGAAGGAGUCGACACUGCACCUGGUGCUGCGGCUGCGCGGUGGAGCCAAGAAGCGCAAGAAGAAGAACUACACCACACCCAAGAAGAACAAGCACAAGAAGAAGAAAGUCAAGCUGGCUGUGCUGAAAUUCUACAAGGUCGACGAGAACGGCAAGAUCACUCGUCUGAGGCGAGAGUGUCCCAGCGAGGACUGUGGAGCAGGCGUCUUCAUGGCCGCACACUUUGACAGGCAGUACUGUGGCAAGUGCUGCUUGACCUACGUCUACAACAAGCCCGAUGAGAAGUAGACAACGUUGUGGCCACCCGUUGCUGCUGCGUGUAAAAUAAAAACCCACGCCAAAAA